AUGAACGCCACACGUAAUUCGACAUUACCCGCCAGUCUUGUUCUCAGUGCAGAGCGUCAAAGAGACAAUGGCACACCGUCGUCGAGGAGUGAAAACAUUCUACGUGAGCAGAUAGACGGAGGAGUCAUCUCCGCGGAGGACCUUGUGGAUGGAGACAGUGUUCUGUUGAGACCUCAUUUGAACCGCAUCCCAUACGUUGAUAUCAAUCUGAAGCCUACGCUCAAUGAGUUUGCCAUGCGUCAGGUAACUCUCGCCCUAAAAUUUCAGAGCGAAGCAGAACAAGACAAAAACAUCGACACCUCAUUUCAAAGUCGGCAUCGUUGCACUGCUCUUCGUCUUUUCCGAAGUGCAUUACGGAAGAGAUGUUAUGGAUCAACUAUAUACAGUCUAGAAGGUCUUGGGAAUGUCUACAGUCGCAGCUCUAAGGCAGCAUCGAAUGAACCAGCAGCGAGGGCGUUCAAGUUCUGUGCAGUAGUUCUUCGGAACCCUCUCGAGAGUUAUCGUAUAUGGCUCCAAAUCCUGAUGGAAAAGGCUCGUCUGCGGUAUGAGAAUCGACCGGAAGCUGUCAUCGCUCAAAUGGUUGCAACUCCAAGUCCCUGGUCACUGAUGCAAUUCUUUCUUUUUAAGGUGCCUAUCGAAGCGAUGUUUCAUCUCGGUCUUUUGCUGGAAGAAGGUGCCGAGGGAGUGAAGCGAGACCCAGUACGAGCUGUAAAGCUAUACGAGCGGGCGAUCGCGGAGCGUGGUGACAUCGAAGCGAUGUUUCAUCUCGGUAAUUUGCUGCGAAAAGGUGCUGAUGGAGUAGAGCGAGACGCGGUACGAGCCAUAAAGCUGUAUGAGGGCGCCAUCGAAAAGGGUAACAUCGACGCGAUUGUUAAUCUUGGAUAUUUGCUGCAGAAUGGUGCCGAUGGAGUGGAGCGAGACGCGUUACGAGCUAUGGAGCUUUAUGACAGCGCCAUCGAGAAGGGUGACGACGUCCUCGCGAUGAAUAAUCUUGGUCUUUUGCUGCAAGGAGGUGCCGAAGGAGUGAAGCGAGACGCGGUACGAGCUAUGGAGCUUUAUGAGAGCGCCAUCGAGAAGGGUGACAACGUCCUCGCAAUGAAUAAUCUUGGUAAUUUGCUGAAAGAAGGUGGCGAGGGAGUGGAGCGAGACGCGGUACGAGCUAUGGAGCUUUAUGAAAGCGCCAUCGAGAAGGGUGACAACGUCUUUGCGAUGUUUAAUCUCGGUCUUUUGCUGCAAGAAGGUGCGAAAGGAGUGGAGCGAGACGCGAUACGAGCUAUGGAGCUUUAUGAGAGCGCCAUCGAGAAGGGUGACAACGUCCUCGCGAUGAAUAAUCUUGGUAAUUUGCUGAAAGAAGGUGGCGAGGGAGUGGAGCGAGACGCAAUUCGAGCUAUGAAGCUUUAUGAGAGGGCCAUCGAGAAGGGUGACGACGACUGUGCGAUGUUUAAUCUCGGUCUUUUGCUGCAAGAAGGUGCGAAGGGAGUGGAGCGAGACGCGAUACGAGCUAGGGAGCUUUAUGAAAGCGCCAUCGAGAAGGGUAACAUCGACGCGAUGGUUUGUCUCGGUAAUUUGCUGCGAAAAGGUGGCGAGGGAGUAGAGCGGGACGCGGUACGAGCUAUGGAGCUUUAUGAGAGCGCCAUCGAGAAGGGUGACAACGUCCUUGCAAUGAAAAAUCUUGAUGUUUUGCUGCAAAUAGGUGCGGAGGGAGUGAAGCGAGACGCGGUACGAGCUCGGGAGCUUUAUGAGAGGGCCAUCGAGAAGGGUGACAACGUCCUCGCAAUGAAAAAUCUUGGUUAUUUGCUGCAAGAAGGUGCGGAGGGAGUGGAGGGAGACGCGGUACGAGCUAUGGAACUUUAUGAAAGCGCCAUCGAGAAGGGUGACAACGUCCUCGCCAUGAAGAAACUUGGUUAUUUGGUCUGAAAAGGUGUGCCAACGGAGUGAAGAGUAAGGCCGUACGAGCGGUGGAGUUGCCAUGACACAAGUAUUGGAACUCCUCCUAAGUCGGAUGCAAGUCUUUCUUCGGAAGGUUCCUCAUAUUUCAAUAUCCCACGAUACUGGAAGGUGUCUUGGGAUGUUCCCGCAGGCCCUUCUCGAGAAGGAAUGCAUGUGCAACCGAGCCGCCGCCCUCAUCAAUACUGAAAAUAAAGGCAACUGGCAGACUUAUCCGUUUCAGGAAUCCGACCUCCACCGUAAUUAGAAAGAAAGAUCCUGUCAUUCAAAAUGGCACCGAAAAGAAGGCCAGUAAGAUAGAGCUCCCCUGUUGUUACCAAUGCCGACCCUGUGCUCAUCGUGGACACUCAUCCGUGUGUUACCCGCGCUCCGCAUUAAGUGCAUGCAGAGUGGCAACUUUCCUUCGCGGCCAACGUGUUCGAUGCGGCAAGCGCCUGGACGUGGCACGACUCAACGCGCUUAUGCCGAACUUUUCUGCCAUCUGAAGAGUUGCUCAAUUUCGCCAUCUCAAGCAUAUCAAAGAUAAGCAGGCGAAAGACUGGAAAUGACUGCCUGCUGGUAUACCUUGUUCUGCACUACGAGCGAGCGUUGAACCAGGUUCCCGUAGGACCGCGGAAGAAUUAGAAAAUAAGAAUCCGCAGACACAUUGAAGAGGGUGCCAACAGCGAUUCUACCAGUUUGAAAACCUUUAACACCACCUCAUCGCAACACGGCGAUAUGCAGAAGGUCGGAGAGCGUGGUGCGACAGUCCCUAGAUUUGACAAAUCCGAAGAAUGGACCAUUCCUGCCCUCCGCUUUUUCAUGCCCCAUCAUCGCCGGCAAGAUAUUUUUCCGUCUGCGCAAUCGACGUCGGUUCCCUCUUCCAUUCGGGACUUGAAAAUGAAGAGCUACCCACUCACACAUGACCAAAUCUGCCAACGCGAAAGUCGAAAGACCCGUAGCGCAGUGUGCAAUAUAUUUACUAGGCUAUGUGUGUUUUUCCAGCUCUGUUGGUCUGCGAUGGAAGACAUGCACGAUCUGAAGAGUGAUUCUCACCCGUCUGGCUGUAAUCGCACAUUAUCAUUGUUGGUAAAAGGUGACUGAGGAGGUUUGCAUCAGAAGAUUGAUAGUUGUUCAAUGCAGCCUCAGAAAAAUGGUGCGAUCCUUACCAUAGUCCUUGUAAUCUUGAAUAAGGGAGCAGAGUGAACGUGUGGGGUGAGAACCAGGGUUGCUCGGACAUGUACGUAAAAUUUUGCAUGUCCGGAAGGUCAGGCCAGGCAGUCCCAAACGGAGCCCAGUAAGAAGGGGCAAGGGGUCAUGUCACCCCACUUUUUUUAAUUGAUAAGCUACCCUUCGAAAGGUACAGUGCGCGAAACUGCAAUAAAUACACCCAUCGAGG